GCUCCAUCGAAACGGCCUUCUAUUACCAUCAGACUAAUUUUGCGAGGACACAAAAAGGGGUGCCUAGCGCACGCGUGGCUCCUUCCUCGCCUUCAAAACCGCUGCGCAGCCUUCCCACACACACCGCGCAGCUGCGCUGCGAAAAAUAAGCGCGCAAUCGCGGGGAUCGCUACACGUGUCCUAAACAACCAGCGAACAUGCAGCAGGACCAGUCCAUGGAGGAGCAGGUCCAAGACACGCGAGAUGAUGCCUCGCUCGAGCCCCGUGCCAAGUGUCGGCGGCGACGACCCGAGUGUGCAGCCCGUGAGCCGUAUGCACUCGCGUGCUCAACCCUGUUGACCAAGCAGCGCCGCACUAAUGUAAACGUGCGAUCUGUCAUGCUCAUUCGCGUCAUGCUGCUGGUUGGCCUGUGCGGGGUGGCGAUGGCGCAUACCUCGAAUUGCAGCGGUGAUUUCAAUCUGCGCUCGCACACACUGGCUCCCAACCGUGGAGAGAAGAGCCUCAUGAUCAACAAUGCUGCGCAUUUCUUUCAGCUGCCCUCUCCUGCCAACUCGCAGGGCAAGAAUUCCACUAUCUGCAUACCGCAGAAGAAUGGCAAUCGAAACUGGGGAGGCUUCGCGUUCGCAGCGUGGAGGAGGAGAGCGCCGGCCUCUAUCGACGCCAUGCUGAAGGAUAUGAGGCAUUGGGAAAGGAACAGCUUGACGGUGGACGAUACCAUCCAGGAAUACUUCUUUGCUCGUGAUCCAUACACGCGGCUUCUGUCGCUGUAUCUGCAAAAGGUUGUGUCUGAAUGUACUUCCGGUGGUCAGCUCGGCUGCUCACAAAGGCUACGCUACCUUGGCCUCAGCAAGAAUACGAGCUUUGCAUAUUUCGUGCAGCAUGUGUGGAGGCUUACGGAGGGAAACCCUCGGCGGCUAUGUGCCGUUGAUCAUCAUCUUUGCAGUCAGCUUGAGUCAUGCUACUCAAGCGUCAGCGGAAGCGGUAAGCACAUUUUGGUGCUCAGGCUCGAGGAGCAGGCCAAAUGGUGGCCGUGCUUUGUCAAAGAGGUGGGCGUUGACGAAUCGGUGCUGCGCGGGGUGCAAUGGUUGCCGUUUUCAGGCCAAGAGUGCUUUUACUCUCCGACCGGGCGCUGCAGCGACAUACUCACGGCGAUCUCCGACCAGUCUCAGUUGCAAAUCCCGACAGGGAACGUUCACGCAACGUCCGCAUCUAGCCCUGAGCAGCUUGCCAAGCACUACGACCAGCACUCCGCGUGGCUGGUCACGCUUCUAUACUCGGCCGACCUGGCUGUUCUUGGCUACUCGGCUUGGAGCGGAACGGGUGCCAGGGUUCGGCCUAGGCACAAGCCGGAAAUUCCCUUAGGGCCCCAUAUAGAUAUGGAACGCUAGGAAAUAAUUUUUCCGUAAUUAUGGUUCAAUUUA